AGACAGAGAGACACAGACACUCACUCAGUCCUACGUUCACGCUCUUGAAACAGGAUGUAGCGACAGAGACUGAACUCAAAAAGACGAGAGACAGAGAAAGGAAACAGAGGGUUUAAAACUGUGAUGUUGACAAUUAACAAAAUGCGAGCUGCUGCGGAGGUGAAGGAGAACAGUAACGAGAAGGAGAAGAAGGAGAAGACAGUGGAGAUGAGGCAGCAGCAGCAGCAGGAGGAGGAGGUCACCGCUGCCGCCAGGUCCUGACGGCUGCUCCCGCUGACCUGAGACAACCACACACUCACACACACACACACUGAAAACCUAACACAGCAGAAAUAACCCACAUCUCGUCCGUGGACAUUGCAGAGCGAUAAUGGCGAGCCAGAGUGACUGUUGUGUGAAGGUUGCUUUGAGGAUUCGUCCUCAGAUGGCCAAGGAGAAGAUCGAGGGCUGUCACGUUUGCACCAUGGUCACACGCGGAGAACCACAGGUUCUGCUGGGAAAGGACAAGGCCUUCACCUACGACUAUGUGUUUGACCUUGACUCAGAGCAGAACAACAUCUACCAGGCCUGUGUGUACAAGCUCAUUGAAGGCUGCUUCGAGGGAUACAAUGCCACCGUGUUCGCCUAUGGUCAGACGGGUUCAGGGAAGACAUACACCAUGGGAACAGGCUUCGACAUGAGCCUGAGCCAGCUGGAGCAGGGUAUCAUUCCGCGGGCUGUCCACCAGCUGUUUGAGGGAAUCCAGAACCGGAGGCUGCAAGCUCAGGAAGAUGGCACCCAGGCACCAGAGUUUAAAGUCAGCGCCCAGUUCCUAGAGUUGUACAACGAAGAGGUCCUGGACCUAUUUGAUGGAACCAGAGAUCCAGAAAGUCGGAACAGGAAGUCCAACAUUAAGAUCCAUGAGGACGCCAACGGCAGCAUCUACACAACUGGAGUCACAUCCAGACUAGUCCAGUCAGAGGAAGAGCUGCUGCAGUGUCUGAAGCUCGGCGCUCUGUCCCGCACCACGGCCAGCACACAGAUGAAUGCUCAGAGCUCCCGCUCGCACGCCAUCUUCACCAUCUACCUGUGUCAGAUGAGAGUCUGCCAGCAGCCGCUCAUGAAUGGAGGAGGGGAGAACGGGGAGGUGAACGGUGUGGAAUCCAACCCCAUCGCUCAGCCGGAGUACGAGACGCUGAUGGCCAAGUUUCAUUUUGUGGACCUGGCUGGAUCUGAGAGGCUGAAACGCACAGGAGCCACAGGAGAGAGAGCCAGGGAGGGGAUCUCUAUCAACUGUGGACUGCUGGCCCUGGGAAAUGUGAUCAGUGCUUUAGGAGAUCAGAGUAAGAAGAGCGGACAUGUUCCAUACAGAGACUCCAAACUCACACGUCUACUGCAGGAUUCUUUAGGAGGCAACAGUCGCACGGUGAUGAUAGCCUGUGUCAGUCCUUCAGACCGGGACUUCAUGGAGACCCUGAACACGCUGAAGUACGCCAACCGUGCCCGAAACAUCAAGAACAAGGUGGUGGUGAACCAGGACAAGACCAGCCAGCAGAUCAACACCCUUCGCGCUGAGAUAGCCCGACUUCAGCUGGAGCUGAUGGAGUACAAGGCGGGGAAACGCGUCGCAUGUGAGGAUGGUUCAGAGGGGCUCAGUGACCUGUAUCAGGAGAACACCAUGCUGCAGAGAGAAAGUGACACACUGCGUCUCAGGGUCAAGGCCAUGCAGGAGACCAUAGACCACCUCAACACGCGUGUGACACACCUGCUGGCCAACGAGGUCAGCAACCUGCUGACCAAGUCAGGUGAGGGCAAUGAGGAGAUUGGGGCUCUAAUCCAGAACUACAUCCGAGAGGUUGAAGAACUCAGAACCAAGCUUCUCGAGAGCGAGGCCAUGAACGAGUCGUUGCGACGGCAGGCGGUCCGUCUUUCUUCCCGCCCUCAGUUCUCCUCCUCCACCCUCAGCCCUGCACCGGGACACCCGCCUGGCUCCUCCCCUGCCCCGGUGUCCAUGGAGGCCGAGAUGACGGACGUGUUACGCCGAGCCAAGGUGGACAUUGAGAGGCUGAAGAAGAAGGAAAGGAGGCAGAGGAGGAUGAGUCCGGAGUUGGAGAAAGGUCUGAAGAAGCGUGUGAAGCUGCACAUGCACGAGAACGGAGAGAAUGGACAGAUCGGGGAAAAUGGACAAAACGGACAGAAUGGAGAGAUCGAUUCAGACGACAAUUACGCCGAGCGUUUGUAUGUGCAGGACAUCAUGUCUCCGCUGCAGGAGGAGAGUGGCUGUGAGGAGGACGAGGGGGAGGACGAGGAGGAGGGCAGGGAGGAGGAUGACGAGUUUGACAGCGACGAGAGCCUGGUGGAUUCUGACUCUGACUCUGAUGAGAAAGCUAACUUCCAGGCAGACCUCGCUGACCUGACCUGCGAGAUCGAGAUCAAACAGAAGCUGAUCGACGAGCUGGAGAACAGUCAGCGGAGGCUGCUGAUGCUGAAGCUGCAGUACGAGGAGAAGCUCAUCCUGCUGCAGAACAAGAUCAGAGACACUCAGCUGGAGAGAGACCGAGUGCUGCAGAACCUCAUGUCCAUGGAGAACUACACGGAGGAGAAGGCGAGCCGGAUCAAGCAGGAGUACGAGAAACGUCUCAAGGAGAUGAACCGCGACCUGCUGAAGCUCCAGACGGCGCAGAAGGAGCACGCGCGUCUCCUCAAGAACCAGGGGAGGUACGAACGGGAGCUGAAGAAACUCCAGGGCGAGGUCAACGACAUGAAGAAAGCCAAGGUGGCACUGAUGAAGCAGAUGAAGGAGGAGCAGCAGAGGAGGAGGAUUGUGGAGGCGAAGAGGAACCGUGAGAUUUCUCAACUCAAGAAGGAGCAUCGACGGCAAGAGUAUCAGAUUCGAGCGCUGGAGUCUCAGAAGCGGCAGCAGGAGCUGGUGCUGCGCAGGAAAACCCAGGAGGUGACGGCGCUGCGCCGCCUGGCCAAACCCAUGUCGGACCGCGUGGCUGGACGCGUGGCCCGAUGGAACAACUCUCCACCGGUCUCAGAUUCCGGAGCCGAUUUUUCAGGCAGCACGACGGCGAGCAGCUCCGAACCGGACUCUGCGAGGACUGUGAGCGGGCUCGUGAGACAGUGGAACAACAAGAAUAUGUUUGGAAACAUGGGAGAGAGUGAGGGAAGUGUGGAGGGAACCAGAAUCAUUGGAAACAGGAAGAAGAUACCGAGGAAGCCAGCUGGCCUGGGCGGCAUCGGAACAGCAGCCAGAACCAUUAGCUUCUCCAAGUCGGCCCGACAGAAGUGGCAAACCCUCGAGCGUCGCAUUAUGGACAUAGUCAUGCAGAGGAUGACCAUCUCCAACGUAGAGUUAGACAUGAAUCGACUCAUCAAGAAGCGAGAGGAGCUGACGGGCCAGCAGGAGGCGCUCUCACAUAAACGGGAGGUACUUAUGGCGGACGGGGAGGGGCCAGAAGCAGAGGACCGCCUUCUUCAGGAAAUUAAUGAGGACAUUGAGGUGCUGAACGCCAAUAUAGACUACAUCAAUGACAGCCUGUCUGACUGCCAGGCCACCAUUGUUCAGAUAGAGGAGACCAAGGAUGAGCUGGACUCGGUCGACACCUCUGUCGUGAUCAGCUCCUGCUCUUUGGCUGAAGCGCGCAGCCUGCUCGACUAUUUCCUGAAGGCGUCGAUAGACAAGAGUUUACAGGUGGCGCAGAAAGAGGCUCAGAUCCGAUUGCUGGAGGGACAGCUGAGGCAGACCGAUAUGAUCGGCUCGUCCCACAAUCACAUGAUCCUCGACGCCCUGCGAGAAAAAGCAGAGUACAUCCCUGAACUCCAGGCUCUCCUUCAUAAUGUGCAGCAGGAAAAUGGUUACGCCAGCACAGAUGAGGAGCCAUCUGAGUUCAGUCAAGCCUCUGACACCAGCGUAUCUCAAAUGAAAGAAUCCAACAGCCAAGAUGAUUUCAAGAUGAAGAUGGAGCCUCGCCUGUCGGCUCAGAUGAAGGCUGUGUCUGCAGAGUAUUUGGGUCCCGUCCUGGAUCCUUCAUCAGGCGGCAAGCAGCAGCACAUCACCAAAUCUUUGGCCUCGCUGACCGACAUCAAGGAGGAUGGUCUGAGUUUACUGACGGGAAAUCUGGCGCUCAGUCUGCCCCUGCCCUACCACAGGGACCGGGCGUCCCGCACCAUCAGUCUCCCUGUCAGGGGACACACUUUUCCCAGACAGUCUCGAGGUUAUGACACUUCCCCAAUAACAAGAAGGAAAUCUUACGACCGUGCAUACAGGCCUACUGAUGGCUACACUCCCCCCUCCUCCCCUCCUCUGAGGACAAGGAACGACCGCAACGUCUUCUCAAGGCUUACCAGCAACCAAACCCAAGGUUCUGCUCUGGACAAGUCGGAUGACAGCGACUCCUCGCUCUCCGAGGUGCUCAGGGGUGUGAUCAAUCCCAUUGGUGGUGUGAAGGGAGGACGGACGGCGCCUCUGCAGUGUGUUUCUGUAGCCGAGGGCCACUCGAAGCCCGUCCUGUGUGUGGACGCCACAGAUGAGCUGCUGUUCACUGGAUCUAAAGAUCGCACAUGUAAGAUGUGGAACCUGGUAACGGGUCAGGAGAUCGCCACUCUCAAAGGCCACCCCAACAACGUGGUGUCUGUCAAGUACUGUCCGUCCUCCGGUCUGGUCUUCUCUGUCUCCACGUCCUACAUCAAAGUGUGGGACAUCCGUGACUCUGCCAAGUGCAUCCGCACGCUAACUUCAUCGGGGCAGGUGGUCUCAGGGGACGCGUGUGCUGGUACCACCACUCGCACAAUAACCUUUGCACAGGGCGAGUGCCAGAUCAACCAGAUUGCCCUCAGCCCAUCAGGAUCUGUGCUUUACACUGCAGCUGGAAACACUGUUCGCAUGUGGGACCUCAACAGAAUGCAGGCAACUGGAAAGCUGACAGGCCACAUUGGUUCUGUCAUGUGUCUGACGGUGGGACGGUCUCUGCUGGGAAAAGACCAAGUCAUCACUGGCUCCAAAGACCAUUACGUAAAGGUUUUUGAUGUGGCAGAGGGAACUCUGGGUAACGUCGGCCCUGCUCAUAACUUUGAGCCUCCACAUUAUGAUGGCAUCGAGUGUCUGGCUGUCCAGGGAGAUGUUUUGUUCAGCGGGUCACGGGAUAAUGGCAUCAAGAAAUGGGACCUUGAGCAGCAGGAGCUCACGCAGCAAAUCCCUAAUGCCCAUAAGGACUGGGUGUGCGCUCUGGCAUAUGUUCCAGGUCGACCCAUGCUGCUGAGCGGCUGUCGAGGAGGCGUGCUGAAGGUUUGGAACGUGGACAACUUCACACCUAUAGGAGAGGUCAGGGGUCACGACAGCCCAAUUAACGCCAUAUGUACCAACUCAAGACAGAUCUUCACUGCAUCCAGUGACAAGACAGUGAAGAUCUGGCUGUCAAAGGUGUGGAGGAAGAGGUGACAACUGAGAGACAACUGAAAAGACUUUGUCAACCAUCCUGCUGCAGCUUCAGCCACCGAUCUGUGACCUGUUCAUUUCUAGCCAUGAGAUGCAUCAGUGAAAUCACAGUUUCCAAGGCAAUCAAGAUGUUUUUUUGAAUUUUAUUUCAAAGGCAAAAAACUAUUUGCUUUUCACAUAUUUUUUUUUACUGCUCAUUUUCAAAGUGCCAUUCAGAUGUGAUGCUACUCUGACACGAUGAACCCCAUCCUCACCGUGGCUUCUGACUUUAAGAUGCCACUGUCUGGUAUAAAUAGAAGAAGAAAAUGUGUCCUCCUGUUCCUUCACAAAGGUUUCUGAAUCCUUUCGGAACAGUGAGGGAUGAACGUCAUGAAACUAUUAUCUGAGAGAAAAGACAAGGUCUGGAUGCUACAUAAGAUUUGGAACUUGUGGUUCCAAACACACUGGACGGGCACAUCAUCAAAAAGGAUAGCCAAUAGAUAUUUGCUGAUUUUGUUUCCGACAGGACUGGAAACUUGCACAGAACACCAUUCUUUCAUUCAGUAUAUCACUGAAGCUGAACUGCAUUCAUCUGUAUGUUGUGUUUAAAUUUUUAUUAAUUUAUUUCUUUUUCCUACCUCAGUUGUUUUGGACUUUGGUGUGAGGUGGGAGGGAACUUUUUUUUUACGGGUCUCUGCGCACAAACAUCCGGUGCUUGACAAUUUGAAACCUUUAUCUACACUGUUUGACCAAAAAAAAAAGUCACAUACUCCUAGUAUUUAACAUAGUGUUGGCGGCACAUAUCUGAGUCUAAAAAAUUAGGUCAGCUGACUACUAUAAUACACUGGUUUUCAGCCGUAUUCCAGGACGACAAGGCUGAAAUUGUAAAAGAGGGAUCAUUUUCACUCGUGGAUUGACCACCACAGAGUCCAGACCUUAACCCCCCUGAGCAUUAUUGGGAUAUACUGGAGAAGACUGAACACAGCAGUCCACCUCUCCAUCAUCAGCUAAUGCAGCUGUGGAUGUAAAUAAAUAAGCUUGUCUAAGCGAUACCACUGCGAAGGCAUGUCAUAAUCAAAGCUAAAGUCAGUCUAACUAAAAGAUUCCAGUGUGUGACAUUUUCAGCCAGGUAAUAUAUGGAGCUGUUCAGAUCUGGUGUUUACAUCCGUCCUCAUGUGUGGAUAGUACUAAGUAAGUACGACUUUCACACCUGCAUGCGACUUCUGUGACCACAUGAGAUUGGGUCUGGCUUUCCUCGCCCUUUGUUCAAAUACACACUGAUGUCAUGUCUGUUCACAAGGACACAAUUAUGUUUUUAAUGAGUGUCCUUUGUGAUGGACUGGCGAACUGUCCAGGAUGUACCCCCGUCUAUUGCCCUAUGUCAGCUGAGAUUGGCACAGCUCCUCCCGUGACCUUCAUGUGGAGCUCCACUUGCGCUGCUGUAACAUCAAGCAAGAUAUGGUAACAUAUUGAAAACCAAGACAUGGUUUCAGUAUGUCCUGGGAAGGGAUUGUGUUCAAGGAAGUUGAGCAAUGUGGUCACGUGUUGUCAAACCACCUCCAAAUGUGGUUCUUGUGAUCAGAUCUUCAGCAUUCAGAACUUAGAACAAUCCGCACCUGAGUGAGUCACUUAAAAAUGAUGUUAAUACUCGGUCUGAACAUGGUCCGUGUGGCUCUUCACGUCUUUGUAGAUGUGUCCUCUGUGGCUAUCAUACUGUUCAGCUGCUGACAUCAAACAUCAACAAAUAUCCAGUAGCACAACUAAAGGGAGGACUGACCCUCCUGAGAAUCUGUCCACAUUGUAUUGUCUGCAGUUUUGAAAUGCUAUUGGGCAAAAACAGGAAUCCCAGUGUAAAUGACACAAAUAGUUGAGUGUAUAGUGGUUUCCCACUGUGGAGGAUCAUUACCUCAGCCAUCCCACAGUGGCCCUUACCUGCCAUUUAUCAGCCUGACCAGAGUCUACUUCCAUCUCAGCUACUGAACUUCUCUGAGAAGCAAAUUUAAUUAGACGUCUUGCAGAUUUUACGGGCUGCUUUCCAGGCGAGAUGACUGGGUGAAAGUAGGUCAUGACUGAGAGGGAUUUCUUGUUAAAAAGAAAUCCCACUUUUCUUCCACCCACUUUUUGCUGGUACUUUUAUAGACGGGGGAAAAUAAAGUCCCUGUACAAAUCUGUUUAUAUGGCAGAUUAUGUGUGUGGGCGACACAUACCUGUGCACAAACUGCACACACACACACACAGACACACAAAUGCAAGAAUCCUGUGAAUUUUGUAAUUAUCUGUCUUGCCUGGAAAGUGUUGGCUCUUUUUACUGUGUUGAUUUAUUCACAAACAAUUCUCCCUUAGGCAAACGUAAUAAGUGAGCUCUACAAAGUCAAAUUAUCUACAAAGUCAAAUUAUCUUUUUUUGUCAUUGAUGACAAGCAUUCACGUUCGCUUUUAAUUUAGUUUUUGAAAACAAAGAGCAUUUAAAUGGCCAGUGUGUAGGAUUUAUUGAAAUCUAGGGGUGGAGUUUCAUAUCACAACCAAGAGAAUAACUUUGAAAAUGACACUGCCUUCAAAAUGGACUCAUAAAAGUGUUUAUUGUUUACCACAUUGUAUGGUUUUCGACACGACUUGCUUGUGUUCACAUUCUAAACGCAUGAGAGCACUGCUGCUAGGCAACAGCAAUGCUAACUAGUGUUCGGGUAGUGUUAUUGUAUUAUUAGGAAUGUAGAUGGAGGAUCCCAAAGGCCGCUGGGAAAUAUCAAAGACAAAUGAACCAACUCCCAACUCUGUAUAUUUAUUAACUUAUUAUCCACCGAAGAAUUUGCUUCUGUUGGCUCCAACAUUUUUGAAAAUGUCGGGAGUUUUUUUUUUUAGAAACUUUACGUGUACAAAUACAUUUUAAAGCCUCAUUAUAAAGUAAGGAAAACAUAACUGUAUCAGUAAAUAAUACAGCCAUGGAAACAUGAUUAUGAACCUUGUACUCCGUGUCUGCUGAUAGCACCACCCGUAAAUUCCACACACUCAACCUUUAAAAGCUUCUUGUCGUGCAGAUGUCUUGAUGAAAAUAGAGCUAAAGUCAGUUAGUGUCACAAUCUCGCAGAUGGUUUUCGUUUCAGCUCAGAACUUUUGCUCCGUCU